AUGGGAUGCACACAAACUAAAAAACCUGAUACUAGAGUUGAGAAAACUUUAGCUAGGCUUAAUGAAAAAGAAAAAUAGCUUGAUAUAUUAAUAAAAUAACACUAAGAGCUGAUAUUAAAAUAUGAGACUAAUUCCCUUUAAGCAACGUAAAAGAUACCGAAUGGAUCUACAAAUGAACUAAAAUAAAAUGUAAGCGUGUAAUAAAAUAAAGACUAAAAUAUUCUCCCAAUCAACAUUUUAGAUAAGGAUGAUUUGCAUACUGCUUAAAAAAAAAAUAUAGCUGAAUCCAAUACAAAUGAAUAAAAAUAUUAAAAAUCAGAAAAGACUGCAGAAAAAAUAACCAUAGAUAACAAUUUUGUUAACAACAGUAAGACAGUAAUUAGCCAUCAAAAAGCUAAUGAUAUGAAUUAAGCUAUCCAUAAAGAUCAAACAGCUAGUUAAAGCGCUUAACAAACAACCUAGUAUAAUAUAGUAAACAAUCUUGAUGAAAAUAAUGCUUAAAAUAAAAAGAUCAGUCAAUAAUAAAAAGUAGGAGCUCAAGGAUAGCAAUCUUAGGUGCUUCAUAUAAUACAAAGCGAACAAGUAUAUAAUUAAAAUAAUAUCAUCAGAAUCACUGAGGAUAAUGAGGAUAUUAACAUGUAAACUGAUAGAAAAGAUAAUGGUAGGCAAUCUAAGAAUAACUAAAAUAUCAGUAAAGCUUAACCUACUUAAAGAAGUACAAAAACAGGAUUUGGUACAGAUUAACAAAAAAAAUAAAAUUAAGAUGAAAUAUAAGAGUGGACUAAUCUUAUUUAAGCAUUUGAUGAUGUCAGUAUACGUCCUAUUGAUAAUAUGUAAGACAAAGAUUAACCUCUAAGUGCAGAUUAAAUAGAUUUUGAGUUAGGAUCUAAGUCAAAUGGAGCUCCAACUUAAUCCCCACCGCCAUUUAUUAAUAAUAUAUAUAAUACUCUACCAACGAAUGCAUAAAAUAGGAUACUUCCAAAUAUAAAUGAUGAAUAACCAAUUUAAAGACCUAAAACUAUGUAAUCUAAUUAAUUUGAUCAGUUAAUCCAUCAUCCUGACAUCUUAAAAAUAUAUGAGAGUGUUCAAAAAAAGAUAUUAGUUAAAAAGAACGAAGAGCCAUAAAAGAUUGAUUGA